AUGGCUGUUGCAACACGGGUCUUUGAUAGUGUCGUGUUUGUAGAACCGCUCAAUGAGAGAUUUACAUGUCCUAUCUGUCAUCUAGCGUUUAGAGAACCAGUGCUAACUCGAUGCGGCCACCACUUUUGCAGCAGUUGCCUGACGUCAUGUCUACAACAGUCUGCUUCUUGUCCGGUUUGUAGGACGGAAUUGGAAGCAUCGAAUACUUUUCCUAACAAUGCACUGAAAAGAGAAGUACUGGACUUGAAUAUCAAAUGUUGCUUACAUGAGAAAGGAUGUGCGUGGACUGGUGAACUAAGAGAUGGUGAGAUGCAUGAUAGAGAUUGUCAGUAUGUGGAUGUUGUUUGCGUGACUGGAUGUAAACAACUGCUAACGAGAAAAGACAUGAAGGAUCAUACGGCACAUCAUUGCCCUCAAGGAAUGGCUACCUGUAAGCAUUGCAAUCGCAAUAUGAAGCGAGUAAAACUGGAAGUUCAUUACAGAAGAUGUGACAAGUAUCCUGUAGUCUGUACAUACAAGUGUGGCAUGAUGGUUCAGAGAUGUCAAAUGGAAGAUCAUAUUAGCAAUCAGGGAACAUGUCCAAAACGUCUGUUUAAUUGUGAUUUUGAGGACAGUGGCUGUCAGUUUAGAGGAAAUCGCUGUGACAUAAUAAAACACAUUGAAAGCAACGUUGUUUUGCAUCUUGGUCUGAUAGCAAGUGCAAUGAAAGAAACAAAGCAGAAACUAUCUGCCACCGAACAUGAAUUAAAUGAUGCAAAAAGAGAACUGGCAGUUACUAGAGACGAAUUAACAAAAACUAAACGUAAACUGACAGAAACAACAUGA